AGAAGCACCAGAAACGAGUCCAUUCCAUCGUCUAACAAUCGUCUGAGAGAGCCUCCCCGCUGCACCCGUCUGCCGCUGCAUGCAUUACCACCUCCCCUGCUCAACAAUCACCACUUACAAGUUGGACUCCCUGGAGGCCUUUCUCAUCUGUAGACGUUUUAUGUUUGUAUCAGAACCCGUGUGCUGGGGUUGAUAUCGUCGUCAUCGCUUCCCUCUGUCUAGCGAAGAGAUCGCAACCACUGUCAAACCUUAGACGCUGAAGACUCGUUACCUUAUUUCGGCUGACCAAAGCUUGGUUGUGACUCUGCGAAACCAUCGCCUGACAUCCUUAGCCUCGUUUGUAGAGGACUACUUGUUCUACCCUGGAACUUACUAAUCUGUCGUGUCCGGUAGAGUUGGCUGCUGUGUGUGCCAACGUCGGUUUCCACGACACAGAUCUGCAGGCAGACGGCUAAGGAACCCUCGGAGUACUCUCUAUUUCCAGUGCAUGAUACCGCACGGGCCAGCUCAUACUUUGGUUAGAAGUGACGUAAUUGGUGUUGCCGCUAACACAACAACAGUUUCAGCAACUUGAGCAGGCUAUGGUGAUUCUAGACACAAAUUUGGUUUAGUCAAUGUAUGGGUCCUAAGUUCCUUCAAAGAUCAUCCACAGUUCGCCGACGAAAGGUGUUUUCAAUUAUCUCCGGGAGUGCAGUAUAGCCGCGCGCAACCGUAAUACCCCUAUUUUUUCUGUCAACUUUCUUAGUCAUAGAUCCUACAUGCAGGUCGCUGGAACCAGGCAAUCUGAGACUCCAAUUUGCAUACCAGAAGUUGAUAAUAUGUUGCUGAGACUACCGCCCCGAUAGCGCUAAGGUCUACACCCCAACAUAGACGCUUAAUCCAAGGAAAGAGCUCUUCUUCAAACUUUCUGCCAAGGUAUCUCACAUCCGCAAGUUAAUUAGCAAGUACGUGCAAUCAGUUUUCUACACAGAAGCCAUAACCAUCGGAAACUUUUUCCCCCCUGCUUCUCGAAAACCAUGGCACCGUACCAGGCCAUCGACAGCCAAGGCUCGCCCAAACAGUUCAACUCCAAGAGCAGUUCAAUGGAGAUGCUAAGCGUAAGCAAGGACUCUCAUAAUGUGGGGAAGCCGGCCGUCGGCGGAGGAGCUCCAUUCAGACGCGACUGGCAGGCGGCCGGCACGCAAGCCAUGCAAGCACCCACUAUUCGGGUGAUACACAUUUUUGCUCCUAAAAUCAUCAAGACGGACGUGGCAAAUUUCAGGUCUACGGUACAGAAACUAACAGGGAAGAGCACUAGGAAGUCGCAACGAAGAGCACGCACGAAGACGGUCAGCGAUGUGGUUGCCGAACAAGAUUGUGCAUUGAUGGCAGCCUCGCAAGGUUGCGCUAGUCUAGCUGGGCAGCCGCAGUGGGACCAGGAAACCGCCCAGAAGGAAGUUCUGCAGAGACUCGUAGUCGAUGCUUGCGGUACCGAUCAUUUGCAUCGCUCCAAUAGUGGAGAGUCAACUACAUUCAGCAUGGAAAGCAACACCAGCAACGACACUGCAGACCUGUCCAGCCCCUCAGAUUUCACCUUCCCCUCUUGCACUUACUUGCAAGGCACCCAGGCGCACUAUUCCUUGGGCGCGAUCCCAGCUCCAUUCUUUGGGUCCCUCGUGUCGGACAUGGUUCAGCCCAGCUUCCCCGUCUCGUCGCCCACUUUCUCCCAUCCCAGCUCUCAUGGUUCCGUGGGAAUGCUGGACAACGCGUUGCAGCUGCCGCCUGUGAUGGACAACAGCUUUCCUAGUUUUGAGGUGGACACUGUGGAGACGGCUCUCGGCCCCUCGCUUCUGUCCGAUGUUCCAUUUUCGAGUUCUCUCGGAGGCGCCUUCUCAGGAGGGGGCUUGUAUGAUUUAAUGCACCAGCAGCAGUAUUGCAGAUUGAGCGCCGUCCACCAGUCGUUUCAAGGCGGCGCUUUCUUUGAUCAGUCGAUUUAGCUCCUGUGAUUAAAGAUUUCGGCACAGAUUCAAGCGAGAACGGAUGAAUGGGUCACCACCAAUACAUUGUAGUGCAAUUCACUUGGCGAGCGAAGAUGGCGGAAUUGCAACUUCAAGUUUGAGUUGUGCUGGUUGUGGUGGCAGUGUACACUUGUACAACAUUGAGAAAAGAAUUGAGGAGCAGUAGAUCAGAGGUUAGCAUGUUACAUCACAUCGUAGGCACGCACCCCAUGGGCUGAGCUAAUCACAACGGCAGCAGGAUAAUUCACCACUGUUGUUGCCCUAGCAACUGUACAGAACAGACGGGCCGCAUAACGACAUUUCAACGACAUUUCCAAGUGGUUGAAAUGGGUACCUAACUCAGGCACCUCCGAAUCGCGACGCAAGAUCUGAACACUUGUUCAGGCCGAGGCCGAGCACUCAGUUACACAGCAUUGGUUACGUUGAUAGCCAUUGAAGAGUGUAGAUAUAAAUCGGCUCAUUUUUGGGAUUAGGAACUCAUGGUUCCGUGAGUAGAAUUUACACCAUUCCUCGAUCGUAAUUUAGGAGCUUUUUUGUUUUCUUCUGUUUAAACUUCGAUUCCAGUUCGCUAAGUACAUAAAGCAAUAAUGUCAGUUUAGGGAUA